AUGGACCGAGAUAAUGUCCCACGCGCGGGCUCAAAGUUCGACAAGUUCGGCCCAGAGGAGCUCGAACGUGAAGCUACGGUGCCUGAUCGUGCUCUCCUGUCCGCAGCCGAUCUUUACUUUCGCUAUUGUCACAACCAACCCUACUCGAUCUUCCACGAGGCUAGUUUCCGGGAACGUCUGGCGGCUGGCACGGUUCCAAGACACCUGUGCCUGGCGCUGUUGGCGAGUGGGCGGCGGUUCUCGGCCUUGGGACGUCUCCAUCCUCUGGACGCGGAAAGAAUCUCAGCAUAUACCGAGCAAGCUUGGAAAAGUGUCUUUUUGAUGUCGCCGGCCGUAGCUGAACAGGACGCUGCCGUCUCCCUGGUACAGACGAUUCUCCUGCUGUGUGUGAUUGACUACUCAGAUGGGCGAUGUGCGGCUGCCUGGAUCAAACUUGGAUUUGGAAUUCGAAUCGCGCAGUGCUACCGUCUCAACAUGGAGCCGCCGUCAGGUCUGAACCCAGCACAGAGAGAGGAGCGCAGAAGAGUGUUCUGGUCGGUGUACCUGCUGGACAGACUGGUGUCUUGCGGCAGAGAUCGGCCCCCGGCCAUCCAAGAGGAUGACUGCAAACUGCAGCUGCCGUCCAACGAGCAGUGCUUCCGAGAAGGCUCAGAGCAUCCAACUUCGACAUUGGACUUGCUCGUUGGGGAUGCCCCAAUCGUAACAUCCCUACCGGCCCAAAGUCAUUUUGCCCUCCUCAUACUCAUGGCUACCACCCUGAAUCACGUUGUUCAAUAUACUCUACGCGAGGACAAGAACCACCGCCAUGUUGUCCCUUGGUCGUCUACAUCUCGAUACGCGGCACUGGAGUCGACUUUGUUGCGGCUGGAGCUGAAUUAUGGCAUGAAUCAGCCCUUGGAGGCCGUCUUGACCGGAGCCUCGUUGCCUGACGGAGCGGUCGAUCCGCAAAUUGCUGGCCUGUUGCUCUAUGCUCGAGCGCUAUUCCAUCUGUCUGGAUGCCUGCUACACCACCCGUUCCUCCUUCAGCAGCGAAUUUCCCUGACGGCGAGUAGGGUGCCACCUGACUUCUUGAACAGAGUCUGGACAUCCAGUAAGAGGCAUGCAAACGCGCUUUCCAUGUUACAGGACGUGCGACGCGUGGGAUGCGUGACAGUCUCUUGCUUCCGAGGCUACUGCGCCAUGGUUGCUGGCUCCAUCCACUCUCUGUUUGCGGGUGGCGGGGUCGAAGUCGAGCGCCAGGCUUCACUCCAACAGUACAACACGUGUUUGGCGUUGUUGAAAGACUUGUCACACUACUGGAAAAGUUCAGCACGCAUGGCUACGAGGCUGGAGCGUCUCCACAAAAACUGCGUGCGCUAUCGACAAAUCCUGGAUUUCCACAACGAUAUCAAUGUGCUGCCGAAGCUGACGGCACUUUGGGAGAGUAUCGACAAUUGGGCGACUCCAACCCGGUCUCCAAGCCCUGUCCCGCAGCAAGAAGGACACGUUGAAGGAGUAGUCAACCAAAAUCAAUACGGUUCUCUCGCCGACUUUUUCGAUUACUCGAACUUCGACUUGUGGGAAGACUCGGUUGGAUAUCAAAACAUGGCACUGGAAACUGGAUUUCAUGGCAUGAAUAACCCCUACUUAAGCGUCGAAGCCGGGUGGUUUUAG